AUGGACAUUGAUUCAAGAAUCAAGGCUUACCGAUUCGUCGGUUAUGCCGCGUUGACAUUCUCCACAAUUGCUGUUCUUUCAGGUAAGUAUACUUUUUUCUCUCUCUUUCAUAGGAUAAUUAAUAUUUUCAGUAUGUGUUACUUUGCCAAUGGUGUACAAUUACAUUCAUCAUACUCGCCGAACAAUGCAUGUCGAGAUUACUGAAUGCAAAAAUGAGGCUCGUCAAUUGUUUGCCAAAGUCAACAUGAUUCCUGAACUCGCUCCAUCAAAUCGUACCGCAAGAGCUGUCGCUUCAAACGGACAAUGUGAAGGUUGCUGUUUGCCAGGAGCUCAAGGACCACCAGGAACUCCAGGAGCAACUGGUCGACCAGGAAAGCCUGGAGCACCGGGACUUAACGGAAAUCCAGGUCGUCCACCAAAGGAGCCAUGUGAGCCAGUCACCAAUCCACCUUGCAAACCAUGUCCAGUCGGAGAACAAGGACCACCAGGUCCACCAGGACAACCAGGAAACAAGGGACCUUUGGGACCACCAGGGCCACCAGGAGAGGGAGGACCAUCGGGAGAGCCAGGAAAUAAGGGACCAAUCGGGCCACCAGGGCCAGUUGGAAAGCCAGGACCACCAGGAGAGCCAGGACAAAACGGAGAGAACGGCGAGCCACAACCAGGAUCACCAGGAGAGCCAGGUCAACCAGGACAACCUGGACAAAAAGGACCAGCUGGAGAGCCAGGAAAGGACGGUGGACAAGGGGGACAAGGAGAGAAGGGAGCGACUGGGGAGCCAGGACAACCAGGAAGAGAUGGACAACCAGGAACACCAGGACAACCUGGAAAAGACGGAAGACCUGGAGAGAAAGGAAUCUGUCCAAAAUAUUGUGCUGCUGAUGGUGGUGUUUUCUUCGAAAAUGGUCAACGUCGUUAG